UUAUUUUUAGGUUAUUUAAGCAGAAAACAGACAGAAAGGGAGUUUUGUUACUUGGUCUCUGUGAAGCCGGAAAGACGUUACUCUACGCACGGCUUGUGCAUGGAAAAUAUAUUAAAUCAUACACGUCACAAAAAGAGAACAAGGGACUCUUUCAUGUUAAAGACAAAAAGAAGCCUGGAAUUCUGCAGAUAGUGGACUUACCAGGUUAUGAGAGGGUCAGGUCUGCCUUCUUUGAAAAAUCCAAGAACACAGCCAGGGGCAUAAUAUUUGUAGUUGAUAGUGUUACUGCACAGAAGGACAUGAGGGAUGUAGCAGAGUUACUCUACAAUGUGCUAUCUGACAAGUUUGUUUCUUCAAAUGGCAUUCCAGUGUUGAUUGCAUGCAACAAGCAAGAUGUGACCAUGGCCAAGUCUGCCAAAGCACUUAAACCUCUCUUGGAGAAGGAAAUGAACAUGCUGCGCAUCACCCGGGCCGCGGCGCUGGAGUCUAUUGACAGCUCGGGGAGUGGCAGCGUGCACCUGGGCAAGCGCGGCAAGGACUUUGAGUUCUCGCACCUCGGCGGCGGCGUGAAGGUGGAGUUCUGCGACUGCAGCGCGCACGGCUCGGAGAGCGGCGACGACGGCCCUGCCCAGCUCGCCCCCGUCAUCGAGUGGCUCGCAAAACUCGUCUGAGCUCGUCUGUCGCUCUGUCCUUCGUUUCCGUCGAUUAGGAAAGCUCGUCUGAGCUCGUCUCUUCUUCCCUGCGUUGGCGACAGUUCUCUCCUUCGUUCGUUCCUUCGAUUAACGACGUUUGUUCGACGAUGCGCGUAGGCGGGCGCAAUCGUUCCCCUUUAUCACGACUGUUCUUUUCUUUGUUCCUUCGAUUAGGAAAGCUCCUCUGAACGAUCUCUUGUUCCCUGCAUCGCAGUCUUUCUCUCCUUCCUUCCUUCGAUUAACGACGUUUGUUCUACGAUGCGCGGAGGCGGACGCAAUCUCUUCCCUUUUAUCGCAACUGUUUUCUCCAACCUUCCUUCGAUUAAUGACGGUUGCUCUACGAUGCACAAUGCAGGCGCGGCUCGGUGUUUUGCUUAACGACAUCGCUGUCCUGGGGUGAAGAGGCACUUUUUAGUAAAAUCAUAAGUAGUUAUGACGAUCCUAAAAUGUCUCAAAUGUCAAAAUUUGUGCACAGCGUUUCACUUCACUAUAUAUGACAUUUUAAAGUUAUGAUUGUCAUACCUACUGAUGUUUACUGAUCUAGCGAUAGGCCUAUGAUGUCCUGUUUUGUCACCUUCUCUCGGUUAUGGCAUUCAUCGAUGCAAGUCCGUGAAGGAGCAUUGAUGACGGUUGAUGUCCACCGAUAAAUUGACGUACCUAUGGUGUAAAUGUUCUCAUGGUUACACAAACACUUACAAGAGACGUGUGGACCAAGUAAGCCUUCUUUGAAUCCUGCACUACGUAAGGAUUAGAUGAGCGUCUAUGUUCAUAUUUUACCAUGGGAGAGCUUCGCUUCGCGUCGUUUGUGAAAAAGAGCCAAUGUACAGUUGGCCAAGGUGAAGAUUAGAGCCAAGGCAAGUGAGUGAAGACACCUGUCUGAAUUUAACCAGAAAACUAAGUGUCAUGGAAAUGCAAGUUUUAGAAAUUCAGUUAAAAGAUUUCCCGUCCGAUGACUUUCACCAGAUGUGUUUACGGUCGAGUUAUUCUGGCGAUAUUAUGUUCUCGUGGCUGUGAAUGUGCUGUUCAGUUGUUGUUGGUUAUGGGUCGCAGGUGGCAGCACAUUAUAGGUUAAGUGAAGCCCAUUGAUAGGAACGUGGAUUAUGCUCAUGACUUGGUUUUAAUGCAGAAUAUUACGCAGCAUGGCUGGAACAAAUGUAGAUAAUAAACUGCUAGAGCCUUGUUUAUAA